CUUCUAAGGCAUUACCCCAGCAGCUUCGCCGCCGCACCUCUCAGGUGUCCGUCGGGCCGGGCGGCUUCACACUGUCAGCGGAGUCGGAGGAGACAUGAACGCGCGGCGGCAUGGCGGACAGAGAGAAGCGGAAAGCCACACCACCGUCCGGCCGCAGCAUCCAGGUGAACUCUCCGGUUAGCUUCAGGCUGACUCAUGACAUCAGUCUGGACGAGUUUGAGGAUGAUGACCUCUCGGAGAUUACAGAGAUCACUGAUGAGCGUGGGAUGAGCCUCAACUGCAACGGCCCUGAUAUUAAAGGCCGUGUGAGGCGAGGAACCAGUAGCAUGUCGGGGAGGGUGGAGCUGGGAGCAGUUGGCCAGUUUCAGGCAGAAAUGCUGCAUUUGGAACUCAUUGACGGUGCUGACGGUUACCGCGGUGAUAAAGACACCUUGAAGGCAUCCGCCGUUGCAACCGUGCCAGUCACCAAGGACUCUGGAGCACCUGUUACCAUGGAUACAUACCGACCCAAGAGACCUACGACCCUUAACCUCUUCCCUAUCGUGCCUCGUUCACAGGACACAUUAAACAACAACUCAUUCGGAAAGAAAUACAGCUGGCAGGAAAAAGUUUCAGGCUCGUCCUCCCCUCUUAAAACAGGUGACCUCACACCUCCACGAGAGCACAGCUGUCUGAGCGACGAGGACAAGGUGCAGGGUGGGGCCGCGCAGACCAAAGACAGAGGAACCUCCACUGACGCCCCCUGCAGACACAGCCACACCUCGGGGCACUCGCAUAGCUCAAGCUCAGGGGCUGCAACUCGCUCCAAGCUGCAGGAGAAACCACCACAACCUCCACCACCACAGAACUACACACCCGCUCCUCUGUACCCAACGGGUAAGACGGACAGCUCGGGCCACCGAGAAAAGAUUCGCCACCAGGCGGAUGUUCAUCUGGAACCCACAGAGGAGAUUUAUCUGACUCCAGUGCAACGAUCAGCGGACCCGUUGGAACCCCCCAAUGUUCAGGACCGACCUUUUCUCUCGCAGCAGACUGAGCAAGGGCGCAUGUCCAUAAGCUCUGACACAGAGGGACCUCCUCCUUAUCAGCCCCUCCCAGACCGGACCAACCCCUCCAUUUUUGAGGAGGACGAGCUCUACGUCCCUCCACCUUCCUAUGCUUCCUGUGUAGAAUCUCUCAUCACACCACCCAACAUGUCUGUUUCAGCACACGGCUCUGUCGCACUAGACCUCAGCCUGAAGGGGACAGGAGCAGGGGCCAUGCUGAGGGCUGGCUCAUCAGUAGAAUAUGUGGACGCCACCGAUGACAGCUACUGUGGUGAGGAUGAGGAUGUAGACAGAAUAAUGAUGGACAGGAAGAUGAAAAAGACAGCAGGAAGUGGAGAUGGUGGUGGCAGUAAACCUGCCAUACUAAGGACUACCUUGAGCUCCGAAGCCAGCAGCCUAACAUAUGACUCGGUGAAAUACACACUAGUGGUGGACGAACACGCUCAGCUGGAGCUUGUCAGUCUCAGACAGUGUUACCAAGGCUACAGCGACGACAGUGACUCAGCCACAGUCUACGAUAACUGCGUCUCCUCUCCAUAUGAGUCGGCCAUCGGGGAGGAGUACGAGGAAGAUGAAGACGAGGAACAAAACCAACAGACCGGAGCAGCGCAGAGGGAAGCCACAGCUUGCCUCUCUGAAGACUCAACACCGGAGGAAGAUCUGCAUUUCUCCAAGAAGUUCCUUAAUGUCUUCAUGAACGGUCGCUCUCGCUCUUCUAGUGCUGAGUCCUUUGGUUUAUAUUCUUGUAUCAUAAAUGGGGAAGAGAAAGAUCAGACCCACAGAGCAGUAUACAGGUUUGUGCCUCGACAUGAUGAUGAGCUGGAGUUGGAGGUGGAUGACCCGUUGCUGGUGGAGGUCCAGGGAGAGGAUUACUGGUACGAGGGUUACAACAUGCGAACUGGUGCGCAUGGAAUCUUCCCCGCCUACUACGCCAUAGAGGUGAACAGGGACACUGACUACUACAAAGUUAAGAGCAGUGAGUGGAUGGACAGAUACCGCUUGAAGUUCCUUGGCUCAGUCCAAGUGCCGUAUCACAAAGGAAAUGAUGUUCUGUGUGCAGCCAUGCAGAAGAUUGCCAACAACAGACGAAUGACAGUCAAGUUCAACCCACCUUCCUUCUGUGUCCUGGAGAUCAACGUCAAAGGAAUUAAGCUUGCUGUUCAAGAGGACUAUUAUGCUUGUGACAGAAGUAACGAGUGCAGUCACUUCUUCCAGUUAAAGAAUGUUUCUUUUUGUGGCUACCAUCCUAAAAACAGCAAGUAUUUUGGUUUCAUCACUAAGCACCCAGCAGAUCAGAGAUUUGCCUGCCAUGUAUUUGUGUCUGAAAACUCCACCAAACCUCUUGCUGAGUCAAUUGGGAAAGCAUUCCAGUUGUACUACAAAGAGUUUGUGGAGUUCUCGUGUCCAACAGAAGACAUUUACCUGGAGUAACCCCGCCUUUGACCACAGCCUUGUACAGUACGCUGUAUCAUAACAUAAAUGUGCAUGAAGGACAAAUAUUUAAAAGGGAAUAAGAAGAACAAUGACUCUAACAUCUGUAACAAACACACAAUGACUAUUUAAAGCCCCUCAGCUGUCUUAAGGACACUGGUGUCCUCAUGGAGAAAUUGGAUAACAUGCAAGCAUUUUCAGGGUGACAAUUAAGGGGUUAAUUUUGUCACCCCUUAGUUUGACAAAAUUAAGGGGUCUAUAUACACCUUGUAUACACAGACCAGGUGUCUGUAUACAACAUUUGUGUAGGAGCAGGGGAUGGGAAUGAGCCAAAGGAGAAAGAAAUUAUGCAAAGGUGAGAGUCAGAAGGUGAAGUCCAUAAAUGCAAAGCACAACUGAUGUACAUCUGCAGCAGUGGGAACAAUACUUAGCCUGUAGCAGCAGCUCCGUCAUGAGAGCACUAGAUUUCUUCACAUUUCAAAUGCACCUAAGGCAAAAAUAUUCUUACUUCCGAAAAUAACUUAAUCAAGUUUCUUUCUUUAAAAAAUGAGGGAGCUGGACAGCUACAUCAGUAAGAUAAUGAACACCAUUCAGAGUGUACAUUAACUAAAAAAAUAACUGUGCAGAUAUUUUAUUUUAUUUUUUUAGGAAACGUUGUAUAAGAUUAUAUCCACAAGCCACCAUAAAAUAAGGUUUAGAAAGCUGGCUAAAAGAUUCCGUCUGAAUUCUGGGUCUUAUUGAUGUUUGACAGAACUUGGUUCACAUUUGAUCAAACGCACUGAUCGGGUCAGAUGUAAGUUACUCUGUGGGAAAAUGCCUGACAUUAUGUUUCGGAGUGAAAUGAGCAGGCAAGUAGAUGCCUGUUUGUUUUUCUUGAAUCAUUCUGGUUGCUGUUAACCUGAUUAAAUGGGCUGGGAUGCUAAAGGUGUACAGGUUCCAGGCUCUAUGUCUGUAUACAACUUUUGAGUGGAGAGAAGACGAAAUAGACCAGCUGACCUGCAUCCAAAACAAAGAAAAUGGUCUUACAGAUUCUGUCGUCACACUUUGUAGUCUGCAGUGUAAUCACCAUCUUUUGUAGAUGUAGCUGAGUUGUACUUAAAAAAAAUGUUCCAAUGAUUUAAAUCAAUAAAAUAAAAAAAACAAUAACACUGUGCAAUUACUGUGUAGGGUAAAGAAAACCGUUGGCUAACAAUGCAGGGCAAAGCUAAGCAGCUGUAACUUAUGUUCCAUAAAGCUUAAGUUAAUGCUUCACUUUUUGCUUUUCCUGAAUUUCAAACACACUGUGCUCUUUGUUAAACGUGACCCAAUCUGUUGCUUGAGGUGCCAGCAAAGGAACAAAUUCUAAGCUCUGUUUGUCUUUGGAUCUUCACUAGUAGUGCCUCUUUUAUAUCAAUUCAUUUGAAACUUUCUCAGUAAACAUAUUUUGCCACCUAGUGUGUUUAGUUUACGGGUUUGACUGAGGAUUAAGAAGUUGAAGUGUUUCACUGUAACUGGCUCUUUAUGCCACCGUGUUACAUUUGCUGUACAAUUUCCUGGCUCUUGAAGUUACGCCUGAUAAAAGAACUUAUUUGACAAAACAAUUGUUCACCUAUUUGGUAAAUCAAACAAGAUUACUUGAGAGGAUUAAAACAUUCUGACAUCUGUUUGAACACAAUGCAGGUGUGAAUGUAAAAUACAGUGUAAAAUAUUCUCUAAAUAUCCAUCUGCUCUCUCAGUGUAAAUAUGUCUCAGAUGGGCUGGACAACAAGUAAAAAGAUGCUAAAUCAAAUACAACUUACAAUAAAUGUAUGCAACAAAGUUUUUUUUUUUUUGUUUUUUUUUUUUUACUUGUGCUUGUUGACAUUAAGUUUUAAUUAUAUUACAGUUUACAGAUUAGAUCAAAUUAGUAAAUUAUGUUGUCAUAUUCAGAGUUUCAAAAAUGCCACAACUGUGUGUUGAAAAUUAGGUAAAUUCUAAUUAUCCUGAAGAUAAAUAGUAGAAAAGUCAAUGCAGCUUUACAGGGCAGGUUGGUCUGACGUGUUCAACCAGACAGAAACCCUCCAGGUGUAACUGUUGCAGGGUGCUUACAUUAAUACAGGGACAGCAAACAAAGGAAAUAUUUUAAGAUAUCAGUCAUUUAUGUAAAGGCAUUUGACAUGUUUCUUACCAUAGCUUCACAAAAAGACGCAAAAUGUUAUGUAAGCCUUGGCUGUCAUACAAAAAAAUAAAAAAAUUUCGUUUUUUUACCUUUUUUUUUUUUUUUUUUUCGAUGCCUAUUAUCCGACACAAGUAAUUUCUUUGGAGGUGUAUGUUAAAAUAUACAAUGGGCCGGUUAUCAUUACAGAAAGCCAGUGGAUUACUAUUUUUGUCUUAUGGUAUCUUGCUUUUAGCAUACAAGCAAAGUGACAUGACGACAUUAAAAUGUUUUUCUACAUCUUGUCUAAUGUCUAAUUAGGUCAUUUUACAGAUGGGUUUUUGCAUUGUAUACUUUACAAAAGAAUAAAAGGUAUGUAAAAUAAAGAUGAAUACUUGAAGAUUACUGGACUUUUCUGUUCAGCUCAACCGUUACAUUUCAGUCACUUUCAACAUAAAAGUCUAGCUGACUUUCUUUUGUCCAAACUUCUUUUUCAAGAGCCAGUCAAGAUAACGGAGAGUUUACUGCAAGUGGAAAUGAUAGAAAAAGAUGUACAAAAAUGCCAUAUAUAAAUAGUAAUGUAAUAUUUGUAAUUAUGAAGAAUAUAUUGUACUGUUUCAGUGUGUUGUAAGUGAAUUUUCUCUUUUGUUUUGGAUCUUUUCAGCUGUGAACUAUUCUUGAUUUAAAACUGUUAAAGCAGA